AUGUGUAGNAUUUCCAGCAAGUUGUAGCAUCUUUGCCGGAAUAUGGUAAAGGUAGUUGAACAUCGCAAAUGUCACAUCCACACAACAGCUAUCUCUGUACACCUUUCUCACUUCACCGACAGCAAAUGUAGCAUUCCGUGGAAGUUCGAAAAUCGUGCGGUAAUUCCUGUCGAAUGAAUCCGUAGUCACACCGCAGGUAACGCAGGUGCGUAUUUCGUCUGAUCUAGGCAUGAAACAAAGGGGUUUCAGCGAGUCGCUCGUGCUGCCAUCGAAACGCCAGCCGACUUUUGCGAGCGCUCUUUGAAAAUUCUGGUCUCUCCAGACAACCUUAUCACCUCGAAAAAAUGGCGGUCCACGUUGUUCUUCGCUCUCGAUGAAAUCGGUCAACGUAGGUAG